GGCGCCGCAGCGGGAGCGGGGUCGGUAGUGGCGGGCCGCCGAGCUCGUCGGCCCCGCGCGCCCCGACCCCGCGCUGCUGCCGGCCGGGGAGCCGUGGCCGCCGCCGGCGAUGGGAGCCAUGGCGCUCGGCCGGCGGAGGCGGCGGCUGCGGCGGUGCCGGGCGCUGCUGCUGGGCGCGUUGCUCUCGCUCUCGGGCACCUGCCUCUGCUACAGCCUGCUGCUCCUCUGCUGCGGCCCCGCCAGCCGCCCCCCGCCGCCGCCCGCUGCCCGCCCGCCCUGCCCGCCGCCCGCAAGAAACUUCUGCAGAAGUGGCGCGCCUGCCCCGCCGCCGCCGCGCCGCCCGCCCCCUCGGCCCGGCCCGCGGGCGACGGGGGCGGCGGGGGCAGCCGGGCCAAGGCGGCCGUGGCCAAGCGGCUCCCGCACGCGCUGAUCGUGGGCGUCAAGAAGGGCGGCACCCGCGCCGUGCUGGAGUUCAUCCGCGGCCACCCGGGCGUGCGCGCCCUCGGCACCGAGCCCCACUUCUUCGACCGGCACUACGAGCGGGGCCUGGAGUGGUACAGGCACCUGAUGCCCCGCACCCUGGACAGCCAGAUCACCAUGGAGAAGACCCCCAGCUACUACAUCACCCGGGAAGCUCCCCAGCGGAUCUUCAACAUGUCACGGAACACAAAGCUGAUUGUGGUGGUGAGGAAUCCGGUCACCAGAGCCAUCUCGGACUACACCCAGACCCUCUCCAAAAGGCCGGACAUCCCCACCUUCGAGGGGCUCUCCUUCCGCAACCGCAGCCUCGGCCUGGUGGACACUUCCUGGAGUGCCAUCCGCAUUGGCCUCUACGCGCUGCACCUGGAAAGCUGGCUCCAGUACUUCCCGCUCUCCCAGAUCCACUUCGUCAGCGGGGAGAGGCUCAUCACGGACCCCGCGGAGGAGAUGGCCAAAGUGCAGGACUUCCUGGGCCUGAAACGGCUCAUCACCGAGAAACACUUCUUCUUCAACAAGACCAAGGGCUUCCCUUGCUUGAAGAAGGCCGGGGGAGGCACACUGCCCCGCUGCCUGGGGAAAUCCAAAGGCAGACCUCACGUCCAGAUUGACCCAGAUGUUCUGGAGCAGCUGCAGGACUUCUACCGCCCCUACAACAUCCGCUUCUACGAGGCCGUGGGGCGAGACUUCCGGUGGGAAUGAGAGUGGGGGGCAGGCUGGGGGAGCCGUUUCAGCUCUACCUUCGUUCUGGCCAUGGGGAACCAGCCCAGCAGGCCAAAGUCCAGCCCUCGAGCCGGGGCCAUUGCAGCACACGGCCAUCCUGCCGGGGUUGGUGAGGCCUUCAGGAACUUUUCAAUGGUGCAAGCAGGGUAUGUGAGGCCCAAGGAUGGAUUUUAUUUUUCAUAAUGGUAUAGAAACAGAGUUUAUAAAGAUCCCUACGUAAGCGCUAAGGGCACCUGCUCCCUCACUCUGCGGUCCUUCCGUGAAACCUCAGAGAUGCCCCCUUGUAUGAGGUCCCCCCCUCACCCCCCAGCUGUUUUCCCCCCCAUGAAUAAAGCACAGAUUUCUGCUAUUACGGGUACUUGAGGCCCAGCCCUUGGCUUGUCCCGGAGUCUCUCUUGGUGGCCUCUUGUCUCCUCUUCCUUCCUGUGAAAUAAGUCCCAGCCAACCCAAAGGAAGCCUGGCAGAGCCCCAGCAGGUCCCUUUGCUGGGAG